AUGCUCACUACCUUGUCACCUGCACUGAUGUUGCUCAACGCUGGAGUCUGCCUGCGGAGAGGGGUGACAGGAACACAGGAAAUAAAGUUUCAGACCUGUUUCCCCCCUCCCAUCCUUCCUAUAGAGCACUGACACUUCCUCUUACAGACCACGACUUUAACUUUGCUUUGAGAUGUAGUGGUAUGUGUGCGGACGGUGCAGCUGGUGCUCUAUGGCUCCUCAGUCCCCCACCUGCUGAUGUAAAAGAUGAUAGACUAAUCUAUGUGAAAGAUUUUAUCCUCAGCUCCGAAUUCAUUUCUUCUACCAAUAAGAAAUUGUCCCUAGAAAUUUUUUUGAAGGUGUCUAGAGAAGAAAUUGUCGCAAUUGCCCAAAGAACUGUGGGCCAGAGGAAAAAUAGCUUGUGGCUGAAAGGAAGAAUUCACCGCAUAACAGCUAGCAAAUUUGGUGAAGUUCUGAAAACCAUUGAAAAGAAUAGGAAGCCAUGCAAAUCCCUAAUGAAGACUUUUUUAGAGGGUAACACUGUACCUGCACCUUCUGUAACCAACAAAAAGAAACCUCCUAAACCAGGUUCUAGUGUUCAUGCCUUGAAUUGGGGAAAUGACAAUGAAGGGCCCGCAGCAAAAAUGUUUGAGAGAAAGUCUGGUCUCCAGGUUGUGGAAACAGGAUUGUGGCUGCACAGCAGUGGCAAGAUUGGGGCAAGUCCAGAUGGUCUGAUUGGUAGCAAUGCUAUUUUGGAGGUGAAAUGUCCUUAUAAAAUUAGGGCCCUGAUGAGCCGAUGGACAGUCCGUGGAAUGGUCCGCAUAUGUCCGUGGCUGUCCUUGUGCAGUCCCCAACUCUCCGUGGCUGUCCUUGUGCAGUCCCCAACUGUCCGUGGCUGUCCUUGUGCAGUCCCCAACUGUCCACCAUGUCUAUUGUGUCCAUCAGUCUGUCCGAGGACCAGUCCAUGACCUGUCCUCGGUUCAGUCUGCAUUCAUAACUACAGUCCGUCGUUUGAAACGUCCAUGGCAUGUGUCCGCAGCUGUCCACCACGGCUCGUCUGUCCAUAGAUCUGUCCGUUACCUAUGACCACCAAAUGUCUAUGGACCGUUCCACAGGACUGGUCCGUAGGACUGU